AUGCAUGAGUUCUCUACUGUUGAUGGUUUUGCGGAGAUAAACGAGAGCUUAGCCGAGAUGAUCAAGUACAUUGCCAACGAACCCUCAGUGGGGCUUUACUACAUCCAGCAGCACGUCCGUAACGCAACUCCCAACGUCCUUAACCUCAACGCCCAAGUCUUGGACAAGUCCCGUGAAACCGCUCUCCAUACUGAAGACUCGGAAGAUUCUAUAGCCAUGGUGAAAUCGAUGAAAGAGUGUGGUUCUCCUAUAGCUGAUGGGAUGAUAGGAGACAUCAAGAACUCCUUAGCGUUAAUGUCCUCAAAACAACCGAAGAGAGGGCUAAUCCUCAAUGCCGGGAGCCCUUGGAACAGCAGAUCCAGCAGCAGUAUAGCAACCCCAACAACAAUGCGUGGUUCUGAUUACAGCCAGGAUACUAGCGAAAGUGGGAGCUAUUUCACAUCGGUGUUCAAGUCGGCUAAGGAGAAAGCAAGCAACAUCAAAUGGCCACAGCUUGACUUGAAAGACCAGAAGGUGGAGUCUAGCCCCGAUGUGGAAAGCAAUGAGUUUGAAGAAAAAGAGGAAGAAGUCUUCAGUAAAGGUGAACAACAUAUGGUGGAGAAAACUAAGUUCGAGGAGUUUAAGGCUGGUAAAGAAGCGAGUCUUAAGGCAUGGCUUGGAGAUAUGGAUGAGGAUGCAGAUGUUAAUGGACGUGCUACUGAGAGGAUUUAG